AUAAUUUCAAAAUACUGACCAAUCGUAUUUGAGUUUGGUACAGCUGAUUCAAGGUCAUAAAUGUUUAUUUACAUCCCUUCUUUGUGAGUUCAUUCCUACAUUUUCAAGUUUUCACUUAUUGUUGCACAAAAGCUGAGAAAUAAGAUUACUUCUGCUAUCAUUGGUUCCUCUCUUUUCCUAGUUUCGUAAGAUAAGAUCAUGUAAAUUUAGUGAUAGCAAGUAUGCAUUUCUGUCAUCUUUAAUCCCUCUCAUUAUUUUGAUCCGGAGAAAUGUUUUUAUGAAUCAGGUGAUGACUUUUAUCAUGUUGUUUUACGUCUUGGCGCUUGACAUCUUCUUUAAAGUUGUUUCCAACUUAACUCCACUUGUAAAGAAAACUUUGUUCUAACUACAAUAUUUUUAUCUGAAUAUAACGUCAUAGCCGUUAUUUGGCAGUAAGGCACAUCUUCUCAGUGAGGAGUGUGCCAGCCGUUCUUUGGUGAAGAUAUCAAUGGAUUUCUAAUAAAUAAGGAAUCAAAGCUGCAAACUAUUCCACAAAAUACUUGUCACAACGCUGUGAAUAAUAUUUGUUUCUUUCAAGAGUUCACUUCAGAGCACAUUCGGUCUUUUCCUACGUGGAUGAUAGAUUUAUUAGCUUGUCUUGAACCUCACCGCUCAUAUCUCCAUGUUCAUCUAAUCUUCUUAAAUGAUUCAUCAGUCAUAGAUUUUACGUCUUUUUUGUUAGAAAUUUCCCGUUGUUGACCACUCAGAAAGACAAAUGGGGCACAGCCUAAGUUAAUACAAUAAUGGUUUCCAGACCCAUUACGACUGCUUCACAGUCGAGUAGUUCUAGAGAAAGGCGAAGUCUGUAGACCAUAGAAUUCUAAUUAUUGUACAGAAUCACUUUGUAUUCUGAGACACCACAAAAACCAUCUUGGAGUUCAAAUACUUUCUUGUAAAAGACGUUGAGAUGUCCUACUACGGACGUUAUACUUAAGCUAUGAACUAUGCGACUUGAAUGAAAUAUGAACUAGGUGCGUGGUUGAAAACUUAUCAAUAAAUUUUCACGGUUGUAGAGUGUAUAACCACUACUAUGUCUAUGCCCAAAUAUUUGAAGGCUGUGCGAAGUGAUUACAUCAAAUGAAUCACCCAGUUAUCCGCUAAAUUGUAUUAUACUGUCUUUCUCAAGUCAUGCCUUGCGAUUAAUCUUCACUCGUUUCUUCCUAAACCACAUGGCAGUUUUGUCCCACGUAUGAUGCAUUGGUAACAGGUGUUGGUCUGUAAAACCGGCCUAUAAUUAUUUUUUGAGCAUCAAAUCAUCAACAACCUAAACAAUUAAUUCAAGUCAGAUUAAAUCUCUGCUAGAGACUUGGGAAAGUAUUUCUCUAAAUCGUUCACAAUAGAGCAGCUGUAUUUAGUCUUUAUCGUUUUCUCAAUCUUGAAUUCCAUUAUUUUGUUGAAUAUGCAUUCGUUUCAGUUACAUCUAGUUUACUCAUACGUUCUGUCUUCUGCCGCAAAGAUAGUCCUCUAUCCUAGGUUAGUCACUCGAUACUUUCACUAUUUGGAAGUGUCUUGUAAAUGUGCGUUCAAAAAUUAAUAACCAACCUGUCGUUAACCUACGAAGCCAUAACCAACUACAAACCAAAGCUGUAACAUGCGAGCUGCACGGUUGUUUACCACCCACUUUGUCUUGGAAUACUCUCCUACAUAGAAGUAGGUUGACCAGAUCUAUACGUGCGACCAAUCUACAUAAUCACUGACUAAUAGACUGAGUCAUGUUGUUAACGCAGGCUUCGUCGUUGGAAGUUUUGUAAUAGUUGUAAUAUAUAGUUAGAAAUGCUACGUUAUAUGGUCCAAAAUCAAUUUUGAUACCAGUAGAAGUAAUAAUACAGAUAGACAUAUUAUUUAUCUCCCUCUUCAUCUUAAAUUCUGGAUCGUUACGUACGUUUCAUCCUUUGGUCUCAACUUUUGGUUUUGAAAGAUAUUUCUGAUGCAUAUACCACUAAACGGUUGGUAUUAUUGAACUCUUCUACUUUUUGUUUUGUUGAUUUUCUGUCGAUGCCCUGAUGUAACUUGGAUUAUUACACAAACAAUAUUUGUUUCCGUUUUUCUAUGCUUACGUUAUGGAUGCACACUUUUCAAGUAUAUUUAAUUGGAUUUUGGUUUCUAUAUUUGAUAAACACGAAUAAUUAAAUUUAUCAUGCUUUUAGGUAAAAUAUAUUGAUCCCAUUUUGCAGAAACAAUUGUUUGUCACUUCUAACCAUGAUGAAAGCCUGGCAAUUAGUCGAUAUUAAUGGUGAGGUGAUCAAUGAAGAAGAUAUUUCAAGUGUUGGUUCUGAUUGGUCAUUCAUGCAAUUCGAUAGAGAUGAUGGAUAUCCAAGUCGCCCACAUUCGGUAGCUGGUCGACGAUCAGACACUGAAUGUGAAUAUAAAUCUCGUUCACCUUCUGCAAACAGUGAUUAUAACUGCUAUAGCUCUCAUUGUAGUCUGGACAGAUACAAUGAGCCUCCCGUAAGAUCCAAAAAUGCCAACAAAUCAUCAAAGAACAAACAUUUGUCUGGGACUGUUCCUGAAAAUACAGUAAUUCCUAUAACAUCAAAAACCGAAAUAUUAAAAUCUCAUCCACGUAAUGGAUUACGACCUGGUCAUAUACAUCAGUCCUCCGCUAGAAAUUCCAAUGGAACACGUCAAGCGUUGGCACGUUGGAAUGCUUGUCGUAAACAAAAUAAUCAUACAAACCUAUGCGUUGAUUCUCAACGUUCCAAAUGUUUACGCCGUGGUCCACUAAUCAAUCAUGGUUUUCAACGUCGUCAAGUUCGUAUGGGAAACGGUGGUCAUAUACCUCAUCAAAGAAGUUAAUAAAAAACUAAGAAACUAAUUUGUUUUUUGUGAUAUUUUGCUCCUACAACGUUGUAACAGCGGAUAUUUGGUGUUCAGUUUGUUUGUCACACUGAUAUAGUGACAGUAAUAACUUACAUAUGAUUCUUCUAAAUUACUUAGUGUCUUAGUGUUAUAAAUAAAAAAAAUAAACACGAAAAAUAUACACUCAAUCAACAGCUAUAUUCUAUAUCAAAGUUUAGUUAUUUUACUCAUUUUCCGUGUGUUCUAUCUGUUCUUCGGAAUAUUCAUAUUUUUCUUCUGCAGAUAUACUAGUCACAUUCUAAUGACUGCUACAUUUAAACCUAUUCCCCACAUGUUACCCAUAAAAAUAUAUAGACAUGGGUCAUGAAAAUCGCUUCUUUCAGCUAUAAUAUUUGCGAUAUUGUGUCCUAUUGGUUUGUUCUAUUAUUUGUUUAUAUUUGUGUGUUAGUUAUUAUAUUGCUAUAUUUGAUGUAAUUGUAAUAUGUUUACUGGUUAGUAGUAUAUUUUCAAUAAUUUGUUUGGAUUGCUUUCUAAUAUAUUUAUUCUAUGGAUUUUCAUAUUUCCAUUUGUAUCUAUAUGCAGCUGGAAUAUAUGUUAAUUAGUCCCUUAUAUUUUCUUGUGUUCUUGUUGUACUCACUGAUAUUUGUUUAUUUCUAGUGCUCUUCUUUUUUUGCUGUCUUCACUUUUAAGACAGUUUGCUCAAAUUAUACAAUAUUUAAUUAA